AUGGAAGCACUUUCUGAGAUUGUUGGGCAAAGUGAGCUAUAUGUUCCAAAUACACAACAUCCUCCUUCUCAGUUCUUCCCACCCAGUUGGCCCACCAACACAAAUCAAUGCAAUGCAAGAGGCACGAUGAUACUACAACACAUCAUCAUCAUCAUCACCAUCACAGAGCAGAAGCAAGCAGCCCCCACCAUACUUUCUGGUUUGUCUCGUCCAUGCCGUCCACGUGUCAUGUAUGAUCUCGAGGACGAUGUGACACGUGGCUGCGUGUUUGUCGUAGCUUUCGAGAGUUGCCAAAAGGAACGAGACCGGUCUUUGUCGCACAUCAGACGCU